GCGACGGGAGGCCGUGGGGCUCAUUCUUCACGUCUGCCAGCUCGUGAAUGCGCUCCCAUCGACGAAAUAUUGCGCGCUGUCGCUCUUUGCCGACCGAUUCCUUCCAUGGAUGCACAGAAUGGAUUGUGGGAGCGCCGUGGAGGAGCAGAUUUCCCGGCUUGUUGCCAGGAAGAGCCUCCAGUUCAUCGGUCUCGUCUUCGUUUGGAUCGCGAGCAAGGCACAGUGUGAUCCAGUCUUUUCUUUUCAUUCUUCUCAUUCCUUUGAAAGCUCAGAUACACGAAACAAAGCCGAUUCUUCUCAAGGAGAUUGCCAACGAUUUAAUUCCCGACGUUCAUACUUGUACGAGGGACUUCGCUGAGGCGGAGAUCCUUCUCAUGAAGGUCGCGUGCGUUGCCUCACAGCGUUUUAAAGCGUUUUUAACACCGAUUUUCCUUUGUUCCCCAAGGCCAUGAAGUUUGAUGUCCGGACGGGUACUCUAGUCUCUGAUGUCGCGAGCGAUUUACUCUCCAAGCUCAGGAACACAGCCACGGUUGGGAAGCUAGUCAAGCAAAGCACGGUGUUUCACAUCAUCGACUUGCUAUAUGGCGACGGCCAAUUCAACUUUGCCAGCGUUCCCUCUGACCUCUCCGCUGCGUCGAUCCUGGCAGUAGCAUUCGCCAUCUCUAUCCCGGACGAGCAAUGCAACUUCCCAUUUCUUCCCUGGCUGACAGCAUUGUCCCGAGCUUCUAAGCGCGAGAUCGAGCGCAUGGCGAGGCAAAUAUUUGCGCUAAUAUUUCACCAAUGAGCCUGUCCAAGAAGCUCUGUUAUUGCCGCGGAAGGGACUAGCAAUCAAGAAAUCUAUCGCUUCCAAGAAUCGCAGAGGUAUAUUCGCCUUAAAUCUAAACCUUAAGUUCUAAACUUUCAACUGCAUUGCAUUAUUUUAGUGGGACUUUGAUUGCCAGGUUUUAAUUUAAA